AUGGCCGGAACUGGGAAGUCAACCAUUUCUCGGACAAUAGCCCAUCGCUUCAGGGAGAAAAAUCAACUUGGUGCCAGCUUUUUCUUCAAACGCGGAGAGGGUGAGCGUGCUAGCGCCAAGAGGCUCUUCACCACCCUUUGCGCGCAGCUUCUGCUUCAAGUUCCUGCAUUAAUUCACCAUGUUGAGAUGGCUAUUGAUACCGACCCAUAUAUAUCAGGGAAAUCGCUGAAAGAGCAAUUCACCAAGCUGCUCCUUGAGCCACUUCUCGAACUGGAUCAAAAUGAGCCCACAGCAAUUGUGAUUGUGAUCGAUGCUCUAGAUGAAUGCGGCAAUACUGAUGACAUACAAACUAUACUCCAACUUUUGCCGGAUAUGCAGAAAUGCAAAUCUAGGCAUGUCCGCAUAUUCGUGACAAGCCGCCCCGAAUUGCCAAUCCGUCCUGUCUUCGAGAAAAGCAACAAUCAUCAAUGUAUCGUCCUCCACGAACUCUCUAGCACCGUUGUUGGAAAAGAUAUUCGUGCUUUUUUAAGCGACGAAUUUUCGCUGAUAAAGGAACGUCGAAAACUCCCUAGUGAAUGGCCGGGAGAUGAUGUUCUUGAAACUCUAAUAAAGAGAGCAGUGCCAUUGUUCAUCUCCGCGUUUACCAUCUGUCGAUUUGUAGAUGACCCAAAAUGGCUCCCUAAAGAGCGUCUUUUAGCCCUUCUGAAUGAUCCAGCAACAACUUCAGGCUCCCAAAUGGACAGAACGUACUUGCCUGUCUUGAAACAACUCCUGGCUGGUGCAGAUGAAGGCGAAGAAAAGCAGUUGAAGCAAGAAUUCCACGAUACGGUUGGGGUUAUUAUUCUUCUUGCUACCCCACUUUCCGUCAAUGCUCUUGCGCAGCUGACAGACAGGCCAAGGGAAAUGAUCACUAACCGAUUAAAUGGAUUCUACUCGGUCCUCAGUGUGCCAGAAAAUCUUGACUUGCCAGUUCGGCUACUGCACUUAUCAUUUCAAGAUUAUCUUCUAACAACGAAAGAAAGCCCUUUCCGUGUCAGUCCGGAAAAAACACAUCAGAAGAUAGCACUGCAUUGCCUCCGCGUUAUGAACGACUCCAAACGUGGUCUCAAACGCAAUAUAUGUGGUCUGCUAAGUUACGGGACCCAGUACGAGGACAUUGACCGUCAGACUGUUGAUCAGCAUCUUUCCGCGGCUCUACAAUACUCCUGUCAGUACUGGAUAUACCAUUUGCAACAGAGUGAAGGCCACGUAUCAGAGCCUGAGGUUUUUCCCUUCUUGGAAAAACAUUUCCUCCACUGGUUAGAAGCACUGAGCUUGAUGGGUGUUAUAUCUGAGGCUGUGGGAAUGAUAGAUAUGCUGCAGCGGGCUGUUGGCGUAAGUCUCUGUGUUGUCCAUACUUGA